UUGGAGUUCCGUCCAGCGCUCUGACCGGCAGCCCGCAGACUUCGGAGACCACCCGGGAGCGGCGACUGCGAUGGGAGGCCAGCGAGGCCCCGGCCAGCAUGGACUGUCCUGAGGUGCGGCGUGGCGCCAUGGAUCUUAAAGCCGGACCGCUUUUGGCCGCUCGCACCCGGAUCUCACUGUGAAGCCGCUGCGUUCUCCGAGGAAGCCCCCCCCCCCCCCCACGUCUUCUAACCUUUGGAUCGUCGUGUUGCCGAGAUGCCGUUCAUGCCGGUGAAGUUCACCCUGCAGAAGCGGGUGAAGCUGGCGCAGGGUCUGUGGAUGCUCUACUGGUUCUCCGUCAUCGUGAGCGUCCUCAUCUUCAGCCUGGGCCUCUUCUUCAAGGUGGAGCUGCGCAAGAGAAGCGAGCUGAUGGACAACGAGGAGAGCCACCUGGUGCCCAACCUGCUCAUCCUGGUCGGGCUGAUGGCCUGCGGCCUCAACGCCUUCGGGGGCAAAGUGUGCCACGACUCUCUGGACCCCGUCAAGUUCUCCAAGUGGAAACCCAUGCUGAGAACCUUCCUGCUGCUCUGCUGCGGCUUCAACGUGCUGCUGCUGCUGGCGGCGCUGCUCUGCUUCCUCAUGCAGUUCGCCGUCUACCUGACGCUGUCCGAGGGCCUGAAGAACAGCAUCCGCUUCUACAAGGACACCGACACGCCGGGCCGCUGCUUCAUGAAGCGGACUCUGGACUUGACCCAGAUGGAGUUCCGCUGCUGCGGCAACAACAACUUCAGGGACUGGUUCGAAGUCCAGUGGAUCAGCAACCGCUACCUGGACAUGAGCAACGAGGAGGUCAAAGACCGCGUCCUCAGUAACGUGGAGGGGAAGUUCCUCAUGGACAGUGUCCCAUUCAGCUGCUGCAACCCCGGCUCCCCUCGGCCGUGCAUCCAGCAUCACGUGACCAAUAACUCCGCCCACUACGACUACGACCACCGCACCGAGGACCUCAACAUCUGGACCAGGGGCUGCCGCGAGUCCCUCUUCUCCUACUACAGCGGCCUGAUGACCUCCAUCGGCGCCGUCGUCAUCGCCACCAUCAUCCUGGAGUCGGUGGACAUGGCGGGCCUGAAGUACCUGAGCACGGCCCUGGAGACCAUGGCGGACCCGGAGAACCCCGAGUGUGAGAGCGAGGGCUGGCUGCUGGAGAAAAGCGUCAAGGAAACGCUGAUGGAUUGUCUGGCGAAGGUCAAGACUUUGGGCAAGUCCAACAACGUGGAGGAGGGCGAGGAGGCGGCCGGCUGAGAGCCCCGCCCACUAUAGACACACACACAAACACGCGCACACACACUGUAAAUAAACACAACAUUAAGAGUCUUUUCUCACAAUAAACUGACAUGAAACAACUUUUUUUUAAUUUGUAGGCCACAGGAGCGCACACACACACACACACACACACACACAUUCACGCACACGCAAGGACACACAAAGUUGUUUUCAAGUUAGUGAUGGGUCUUUUUGUCACUUUAAGCUUUUAUAUGGAAGUAUUAUUGUAGUAAAACUAUUUGAAAAAGUGUACCUCAAUCUGUGUGUCUGUAAUCCGAUUUACGUGUUUGUGUACUCAUUUGUGUGUCUAUGUCAAAAUGUGUGUGUGCAUUCAGAUCCAUGUGUGCAUGUUUUAAUUAGUGUGUCUGUAUCUCAAUAUGUGUGUAAUCAGAUCCGCAUGUGAGUGUUUUAAUGUGUGUGUCUGUAUCUCAAUCUGUGUAAUCAGAUCUGUGCACGUUAAUACAUGUGUGUGUAAUCAGAUCUGCUUGUGCAUGUUUUAAUUUGUGUGUCUGUAUCUCAAUCCGAGUGUGUGUAAUCAGAUCCGUGUGUGCGUGUUUUAAUUUUUGUGUAUCCGUAUUUCGAUUUGUGUGUAAAAAAAAUAAAAUGUCUGUUCGUAUUUCUCGAGUGUCAAGUGUCGCAAAAGCCACGUGUAAAAAGACAACAAAUCAGGGUUCCUGCUUCACACCAAUCUGAACACAGACACACACAGAUCAAAAUACAGACGGACUGGUUUUUGUGUUUAAACACAUAAAUCGGAAUAUGGAGACACAAAUUAAAACACACACAUGAUCUGAUUACACACACAGAUUGAGAUACAGACACAAAUUAGUAUAGAGACAUUUGAAUCGGAUUACACACGCACAGAUUUUUUUUUUACACAAAGAUCAAAAUAGGGACAGUUUUUGGUUACGUACAUAAAUCGAAAUACGGACACACAAAUUAAAACACGCACACGUGGACCUGUUAAAACACAGAUUGAGAUACACACAAUUUAGUACACGGGCACGUGAAUCGGAUUACAGACGCACAGAUUUUUUUCCCACACACACAAAUCAAAAUAUGUACAGAUAUAUAUAUUUUUUUUUUACACACAAAAAUUGAAAUACGGACACACAAUUUAAAACACGCACAUGCGGAUCUGAUUUCACACACAUUGAGAUGUAGACACAAAUUAGUACACAGGCACGUGAAUCGGAUUAGAUAUUUUUUUACACACACAGAUCGAUAAGCAGACAGGUUUUUUUUUACGCACAUAAAUCAAAAUACGGACACACAAAUUAAAACACGCACACAGAUUGAGAUUCAGACACACAAAUUAGUACAGGGACACGUGAAUCGGAUUACAGACGCACACAUUUUUUUUUUCACACACACGCACACAAAAAUCAAAACGCUUUUUUUUUUUUAUACACACAAAUUGAAAUACGGACACAAGUUAAAACACACUAACAGGCCUGAUAAAGCACACACACAAAUUGAGAUUCAGACACACAAAUUAGUACACGGACACGUGAAUCGGAUUACAGACGCACACAUUUAUUUUUCCACACACACAAAUCAAAACACGGACAGAGAUUUUUUUAUUACACACAAAUCGAAAUACGCACACAAGUUAAAACACGCACAUGCUGGCCUGAUAAAGCACACACACAAAUUGAGAUUCAGACACACAAAUUAGUACACGGACACGUGAAUCGUAUUACAGACGCACACUUUUUUUUUUCCCACACACACAAAUCAAAACACGGACAGAGAUUUAUUUAUU